AUGCUGGCCAGAGCGGCAGCGGUGGAGUUGGAGGGGCAGGCCACUUUCUUCCAUGUGCGGCCCGGGGAUGUCAUGUCCAAGUUCUACGGGGAGUCCCAACGCCGCAUCCAGGCUUUGGAGGAGGUGAUCCGGGAGGCAGCACCCUCGGUGGUCUUCCUGGACGAGGUGGACUCUUUGCUGGGCAGCCGCGAUGGGGGCGGCGUGGCAGAGCACCAUCGAUCUACGACCAAUGCGCUUUUGGCGUGGAUGGACGGCUUCGGCACCGGAGACGAGCGGAUCUUCUUCCUGGGCGCCACCAAUCGGGCCGAAGCAAUCGACGAGGCCGCGCUGCGCCGCUUCGGCGAGGCUGCGGAGGUGGGUUCCCCAUCCUUGGAGGCGCGAGUUGCGCUGAUGAAGCAUUUGGUCUGCAACAAGGCUGCAGCAGAUGGGCACAAGGCAGAAGUUUCAGAUGACGAUUUGCAGGUGAUGGGUGAGAAGACGGACGGAUUUUCCUUGGCGGACGUGGACCGCUUGGUGCGGAAAGCCUUCCUGCAGGUCCUCAGAGAGUUGCCGGAGUUGAAGGGCGUGGGCCCAGCAGAUGUUCCAGCGGUGACUCUGAAGCACUUGGAAGGUGCCUUGGAGGCCUCCUCCGGCACCUCCGCCCUGCUGCAGAUGCUUCGGAAGCGAGCAGACACGCGGUCCGCCCUCUGA